GUCCCAGCGUCCGCUCUCAGCCACACCUGUUGAUUUCUACCCAAGCAUUUAUCCGAUUGGCCCAGUAAUGAGAAGCUUUAGUGUCAGCUCAUCCCUUGAGCUCGUCCAGUCAUUAGAUUUCCAUAUGACAGAGCGCCAGGUGUUCAGCCUCCCACCUGAGCGGCCUUGAGUUUAGGCUCAGAACAGAUGAGACCUGAGUAACGGACCGGGUUAGCAACAAGCAAACAACAAACAAACACGCAGCUUUAAACGCAUGUUUAUGACAACAAACAAAGACGAACUUACAAAAUAAACAGAAGAUCCGCGUGAGACCUGCCAUAAUAAAGAAAGGCUCCGUGGACGCGCUGCGCUGUGACCGACUGGGAGUGUUCAGGGGGAGACCUCCAGCAUCGCUGCUGCAGCAUUUUCCAUGAAAACACAGUUCACACUUCUGUUUGUUAUGAAGUGAUGAUUGUGCACCAACGGCUGUAGGUUUCGUUUCUGAGAUAUCAUAAGAAUAGGAUGACACAAUGCAACAAUUAACGUAUUUGUAAGAAUAAAUCAUCAACCGUCUGCUGCCAUGGACCUCGUGUCUGACGACACAUUCUACCUGUUAAUCAGUUCAAUCACUUUAAGUUGAGGCUCAGGAAUAAGUUUCGUUUCUCUUAAUUUUUGUGAAGUUUCCGUAGUUUGUGCAACAUCAUGAGGUUUCAAAAUAAAAGCAAAAAAACAAGAGUCUUAUUCUUCAGCACAAUGCUCGGAGAAGAUUAUUGAAAAAAGUCAGUCAUUCAAUUAACAAUCAAGGCUCAUUAAAUCCAGUCAAAAUAAAUGGCAUCCUCACAUCCGUGUAUGUAUAUGGAGCCCAGUCAGUCACAGGAGUGCGCUUAUUUUGGCGUCUCCCACCGGAAGCGCCGGUGGAGGACUUAUAAAAUGUGGUGCUCGUGCUGCCGGUGACAGACGCUUGAACCCACGCUCUACGGGGCCGCAGCACAAGACUGGACCGAGCCCGAGCCGCCGUCAUGGAGACCUGGCUUCUACUACAUCUACAGUGUUUCCUGAUUGGAGGUUUAGUUGACUCCUCUCCCCUGACCUCGGCCAGCCGCCCCGGGUCCGUCUCCACCCAGGUGGGCCUCCAGGUGGUCCUUCCCUGCAGCUGGAAGUCCCAUGUGGUGGGGGUUGAUGGGUCCACCUGCCACAUCCAGUGGACCAACCCAGAAGACACUGUGUUUGAACAGCAGGGGGUGAGGACGUGGCAGGCGGACAACUUCGAGGGCCGCUUGGCGGUUCCCCAGGACCAGCUGGGGUCCGGGAACUGUUCUCUGAUCAUUAGUGACACACAGAUCGGAGACGCUGGGAGCUACGACAGCUUUGUGGUGGUGGAUGGAGUGAGGGCCAAAACCAGGGUCUUCAUCCAGACAGUCACGCUGCUGGUGUUCGGUCAGUUUUGGGUUCUUCUCACUAGUCUCCUCAGUUCUGGUGAGGUCUUUGCCUGGUUAGUUUUGAUGGCUGUUUGCUUUUCACUCUCAGACCAUAAGGCUCUGCAGUCCCGUGGUUCAGGGGAAGACUGGGUUUUGGAGCUCCACACACGUCACUCCGUCAGGGUGAUCUUCCAGGGCAGGAACAGCUCAGAGUGGACAGACCUGUGGAUGAGAGGGGACACCAACAGCGAGCGUGUAGAGAAACAUCCACACAAAGAGCAGCUCACCAUCAAGAACCUACAGAGCUUGGAUGAAGGACUGUACAAGGUUCUGGACAAACGGGGCCUCGCGAUCAGCACUGUGCAGCUGACUGUGGCAGGAAGUUCCAAAUCCAGUCAAGUCGAGCAGGUCUUACAAAGUCGAAUGGCAACAGGUGAUGCUUCUAAGAGCAGCUGUUCAGCUCUGCUCAUCGCGUCUCUUCUUGUCACAAGCUUCCAAAUUCCUCAUGUCUGAUACGCUCCAGACGCUGGUUGAGCUCAAGCGAUCUCUCUGGGCCUGAGGCUGGGUCGUAGGUUCCCCUCGGUGGUACCUCAGAGGGGAAGAACUGGAAACCAGUGGGUGAAGAUGGAACAGACACUUCACAGCUCUCCACGUAAACAAUGUAUAUAAAGAGAUGCUUCAGUGAGAAGAGACAGGCUGCAUAAUUUAUUCUAUUAUAACUGAACUGAAAGUUAAUUCUUAAUUUGAUCACUAUAACCAGAAAGCUGAAUGUGUGUAAAUAUUCCCUGCGGAUCUGUUAUUAAUUUUAGUGGCUUUGUGCCACUUUGCGUUAUGUUAUAAAGAACCUCAUCAAUCAUU